UGUUGUAAUUAAUUCUCAUGAGCUUUAGUUAAUCGCUGUUAUAAAUUCUAUAUUUUAAGCAAAUUUUCUUAUUGAUUUGCCCUGCAAACUCCAUGAAAGCAAACUAGCCGUUGCCAAGUUCGCAUGAUAUUUAAAUUUAAACCAGCACUUUCCCUGGUUUCUUCUACCUGCCAUUUUCCAGCCAUUAUCGCUGACCUCCUUCAAUCAUGUAUCUCAAGCCCUCCCCUCCGCUCCCAUCUUCUCCAACCAAUUCACGCACAAGCCCUUGUUGCCGGCCUCCGGUCCGACCUCUUCAUCAACAAUCUACUCAUCAAAGGAUACUCUGAAUCCGGCCUUCUCCACGAAGCCUGCCAACUGUUCGAUGGAAUGCCUCAAAGGAACAUCAUAUCAUGGUCCUCCAUGAUCUCCAUGUACACGCAGCAUUUCCAAGCUGAAGAUGCCCUUUUCCUCUUUUCAUGCUUUCGAAGGUCCUCCACCUUCUCAGAAAACCCCAAUGAGUUCAUUCUUUCCAGCAUUCUGCGAGCCUGUUGUCAGUCAGAAGUUCUUACUGGUUGCGCGGUUCAAGUUCAUGGUCUUGCCGUUAAGACUGGUUUGGCUUUGGAUGUUUUUGUGGGCACUGCACUGAUUAACUUCUAUUCAAGGAGUGGGUGCAUGGAACAAGCCAUGGUGAUAUUUGAGGAGCUCCCAGUUAGGAACUCUGUUACAUGGACUGCCAUUUUGUCAGGCUUCUGUCAAAUGGGGCGACAUGAGUUGUCCCUUAGGAUGUUUAGCCAGAUGAAGGCCUCAGGAGUGGAGCCUGAUAUGUUUGUCCUUUCUAGUUUGAUAAGCGCUUGCGCAGCCAUGGAAUUUCUCGAAGGUGGUAGGCAAGCCCAUGGUUAUGUAUAUAGAAGGGAAGUUGAGAUGGAUGUCUCUGUUAAUAACGUGCUGGUUGAUCUUUACUGUAAGUGCUCCAAGGUUGGAACUGCCAAAAAGGUAUUUGAGAGGAUUUCUUCCAGAAAUCUUGUGUCUUGGACCACUAUGAUUUCUGGCUAUAUGCAGAAUUCAUAUGACAUGGAUGCACUAGCUUUGUUUUCUGAAAUGAACAGGGUAGGAUGGAGACCUGAUGCAUUUGCUUGUACGAGUGCUCUGAGUUCAUGUGGUUCUUUAAUUGCUUUACAACAUGGUAAGGAAGUACAUGCAUAUACCAUAAAAGCUUAUUUGUGGUUUGAUGGAUAUGUAAAUAAUGCACUCAUUGACAUGUAUGCCAAAUGCGAUGCUUUAGAUCAUGCAAAAGUUUUGUUUCAUGCCAUGAAUGAACAAGAUGUAGUUUCUUAUAAUGCCAUGAUGGAAGGGUAUGCCAGACAUGAUGAGAUUUCGGAGGCUUUCACUCUAUUCAACAGGAUGAGAUCCUUCUCCUUACAUCCAAGCCUUCUAACUUUCGUGAGUGUUAUUGGAGUUUGUGCGUCAUUGUCCAUGGUGGAUACCAGCAAGCAAGUUCAUUGCUUGAUAAUUAAGUCCGGUGUAACAUUGGAACCUUUUGCUAGAAGCGCCUUGGUUGAUGUAUACUCUAAAUGUUCAUAUAUUGAUGAUGCAAGAAAAGUUUUUGAUGAGAUGGAAGAACGGGAUUUAGUCAUGUGGAAUGCUAUGCUGUUUGGGUAUGUUCAGAAUGGUCAAGGUGAAGAAGCUCUUAAACUCUUCCAUCAACUCUUCAUUGUUGGAAUGAGGCCUAAUGAAUUUACCUUUACUUCAGUUGUUGCAAUGGCUAGCUCUUUCGCUAGUCUCUUCCACGGUUCACAGUUUCAUGCUCAAAUUACGAAAGUGGGUCUAGAAUUUGAUUCACAUGUUUUGAAUGCGCUUAUUGACAUGUAUGCAAAAUGUGGAAGUAUCGAGGAUGCUCGGACUUUAUUUGAAGAGAUAAAUGAAAGAGACGUUGCAUGCUGGAAUUCGAUGAUCUCCAGGUUUGCACAGCAUGGGCACUACAAAGAAGCACUUAGGAUUUUCGAGUCAAUGGUAGGUAAGAAAGUGGCGCCGAACUAUGUAACAUUUGUUGGUGUGCUUACAGCGUGCUGCCAUGGCGGGCUAGUUGAGGAAGGAUUAUCCCACUUCUGUGCUAUGAAAAAUGGUUUUGGAAUUGAACCAGGGAUGGAGCAUUAUGCUUCUGUAGUUAACCUUUUGGGAUGUGCAGGGAGAUUGGUAGAGGCAAAGGAAUUCAUUGAACAGAUGCCAGUAAAACCUGCUGCAGCAGUAUGGAGGAGCUUGUUAAGUGCUUGCAGAGUUUAUGGGGAUGUUGAGUUGGGAAGGCUUGCAGCGAGGAAGGCAAUCUCGUUAGAUUCGAAUAAUAGUGGGUCACAUGUUCUAAUGUCUAAUAUGCUUGCCUCUAAGGGUAUGUGGGAAGAGGUGGAGAAAGUAAGGGAGAGGAUGGACCAAAUAGGGGCUGUGAAGGAGCCUGGUUAUAGCUGGAUUGAAGUGAAGAAGAAGGUUCAUGUGUUUAUAGCAAAAGGAUUGGAGCAUCAAGAAGCAGAUGUGAUUUAUUCAAUGCUAGAUUGUUUGACAUUGAUGCUUAAAGCUUUUGGAUAUGUACCCUACAUUGCUUAAUCUCUGAUGAUGGAUGUACUGGAUGAAAUUGCAUGCGAAGUUUCAUAGCAUAAGUUAUAAUAAUGAAAAAAAGAGCUAUUUGAAGUGAAAAUCAUCUAUUUUUCUCAUCAAAUGCGUGGAGUUUAAAAUCAGCUGUCCAGAAUUAGACGAAUGCUUUACAGGUAAUGCUGGUUGAACUUUGCCAGCAGCAUCUGCGAUUCCAAGUUUAGAAAUAAUAUUAGUUAAGGAUUUACUGUGAAAUACCAACUUGAUUGAAUGGUAUAUAUGAUUCAUCCAAAUAUGAGGAAAGAACCAAUUUAUACAUGCAUGGUUUAUUCUAGCCUUGAUAAUUUGUAUAGCAUGAGGAACCAACCAUACAUGCAUGCAUGAUGCUGAUUAUUUUGAUGUACAUAGUUUAUGUGGGCUGCAUUUCAUAUCUUUUAGUGCACUAUUGUUGAUCUUUGCUAUGAUCUUAGAUGUAUACAUGCUUCAUCGACAUCAAAGUUUUCGGCAUAAUGAGUUGGCAUGCA